AUGUCAAUCUACCAUGUAAUUGGCAUUGUAAUUGCAUUAAUUAUUAUACUAUAUAGUACUAUAAUACUAUUUAGUCAUCAACCAAGAGAACCAUUGCCUAAUGAGUUUUUUUAUACUACAAAUGAUGAAGAAAAUUUAAAAUAUGAAUUACCACCACGGGCAACUCCCAAUAGUCAAUACAAACCAGAAAUUGAAAUAAGUAUUAUAAUACCAUGUUAUAAUGAAAUCAGUAGACUAGGUAAAAUGCUAGAUGAAUCAAUUGAAUAUUUAGAAGAAAAUUAUUCUGGUAAUUAUGAAAUUUUAAUUGUUGAUGAUGGUUCAACUGAUGGAACUGCAAAAUUUGCAAUCACUAAAGCUAAACAAUUUAAAUUACAACCACAUAUUUUACGAGUUGUUCAAUUGGCGAAAAAUAGAGGUAAAGGUGGUGCUGUUACUCAUGGUUUAUUACACUCACGUGGUAAAUUUUCACUAUUUGCAGAUGCUGAUGGUGCAACAAAAUUCUCAGACAUACAUAAAUUAUUAUCGUAUUUAAAACAACAAGAUAAACCUUCAAUUGCGAUUGGAUCUCGCGCCCAUAUGGUAAAUACCGAUGCUGUUGUUAAGCGUUCAUUUAUUAGAAAUUUUUUAAUGUAUGGAUUACAUACUUUAGUUUAUAUAUUUGGUAUUAGACAAGUUCAAGAUACACAAUGUGGGUUUAAAAUGUUUAAUUAUGAAGCAGUAAAGAAAAUUUUUCCACACAUGCAUACAGAAAGGUGGAUUUUUGACGUUGAAGUUUUAUUAUUGGGUGAAAUUCAAAAUUUUAAUUUAAAAGAAAUUGCAGUUAAUUGGCAAGAGAUUGAAGGUUCAAAAGUUGAUUUAGCAAGAGAUUCAAUUGCAAUGGCAAUAGAUUUGGUAGUCACAAGAGUAGCUUAUUUAUUAGGAAUUUAUAAAUUAAAUGAAUGCGGAAGAAAAUAG